CAUCACACACAUCAAGUUCUCAUCCCACUGGAUGUUGGUUUCUUAUUGAAAAGAGAGACACGUGGUUUAUCAGGUCACUGACCAACUACGAAAAUGGUGCUGCAGGUCAGCACAGAACGGGAGGAGGACACCCACAGCCGUUCCCCAAGAUGUACUCUGCUCAACUCUUGUUCUUACAGAUUGGUGAACAAGGAUGGACAUAGCAGUAUAAAAGCUGUUGGGAUCCAGGGGCAAGGCCUGUCUUACCUACGUGAUAUAUGGGGAUUGUUACUGGAUAUGCGCUGGCGCUGGAUGAUGCUGGCCUUUUCUGCUUCCUUCCUGGCCCACUGGCUUUUGUUUGCAGUCUUUUGGUAUCUACUGGCAGAAAUGAAUGGGGAUCUGGCACUAGACCACGACGACCCACCAGAAAACCACACCAUCUGUGUCAAGUACAUCACUAGCUUCACUGCUGCCUUUUCAUUCUCUUUGGAGACACAGCUCACCAUCGGAUAUGGAACCAUGUUCCCAAGCGGGGACUGCCCAAGUGCUAUUGCUCUUCUUGCAGUCCAAAUGCUUCUGGGGCUAAUGCUGGAGGCCUUUAUUACAGGUGUUUUUGUAGCCAAAAUAGCAAGACCAAAGAACCGUUCCCCUUCAAUCCUCUUCUCGAGACUAGCAGCGGUGGGCAGUCCUGAAGGAAAGCCAUGUUUAAUGUUCCAAGUUGCCAACACGCGGCCUAGUCCUUUGACCAUGGUGAGAGUCAGUGGAAUUCUUUAUCAAGAGAGAGGGGAUGGGCAAAUCCAACAAGUCAGCGUGGAUUUUUCACUGGACAAUCAAGCGUGCAGCAUUGAGUGCCCUUUCUUCUCCUUCCCUCUUACCUACACCCACAGUUUAUCUCCUGGAAGCCCUCUGGCAGCCUUUUUACAACGCGAGACAAUAUCCUUAUCGGGUCAUUUUGAGCUUGUGGUCUGUUUAUCUGCUACUCAGGAAGGCUCUGGUGAAAUCUGCCAGAGCCGUACCUCAUAUCUACCAAGUGAAAUACUUCAAGGUCAUCGCUUUGCACCCUGCCUAACACGUCGACCUGAAGGAGGAUACCGCAUCUGCAUGGAAAGUUUUGGUCGUCCGCUCCCUGAGUUACCACAAGCUACACACAGACAAUCCUACAAAACAGAGCUGGAAGUUUGUGCCAAUGGGCAGAGAGGGGACACCUUUCAAAUCUGCGAGACUGGACUGGGGGAGUAAAAUACAUCAACUCUGUUACUUUCCUUAGCCCUUUCAGCCAUCCUCAUUCCGAUAACCUUGCUGACACUUCUCUAAAGGAAACUCCCACAGGAAGAGAGGGUGGUAUUAUAAAGGCUCCAAAGACUGUUCUGUGAUACCUUACCGAAGUAUAUCAAGCACUAGAACCCCUUUGCUACAGCAGGGGUAUGUAUGACAUUGCCGGCAUAGCAAUGUACAACUACAACAAUGAAUUGCUCAGGGGAGUGCAAGCACUCCAAAAAAGACAGAAUAGGCUUGAGACAACAGUUAUGUGCAGACAGUGGACCAGCACAUUUCAAUAUGUACACCAAGCAAACAUGCACAGAUGCUAAAAUGCAGAUGAUA